GUCCUCGUCGGAGUCCAAAGUAUCGAGGUGUGUCGAAAAUAUGCGUCGAGUUCCAUUGAAUUUAAGGGAAAAUUUAGUCGUGUGAGGGGUUACGGCUAGUUCUAUUUUUCUCCCUGGCCAAAUUCGAAUGGACUAAAUAAAUGGAGACAAAGGACUUUGCGAUUCAAAGUCAACGCAACUGGAAUAAUGGAAAGUUUCUUUCUAUAGCUCACCUAUAAUACACAUCGCCAAAAUGGCAACUUCUGAGCCGACAAUUUCAACGACAAAUUCAACGUCCAGCCAUCCGUGGAAGUUCCUCGGCUCGGUGAGCUCCGUGAGUCCUGUGAGUUUCUCGCAGAACGACGACUCUAUCUCAACUCCCAAAUCGAUCGACAAUUAUAACGGAACUGGCUAUUACAUUGACGACGAUGCAGAAUCGGUGUUCAAUGAUUUAAAAACGGUCCUGCUGGCGUGUAUAGCAACACUGGUGCCGUUAAUAAUAACGCUAGCGACAAUUUUUGGAAUCAGGACACUUUGGGUACAAUAUAAAACUCGCCAAAAGCCUAGUUUCGAUGGGGUUUUAGUCACAGAAAAUACCACGACCACAUCAAAACCGCUACAUUCGCUUCUAUUUUAUGACAAGGGCUCUUCCGAAACGCACUUAGAUAUUAGUACAUCGGAAGCUGUGGAAAUUUGCGACGAUCUAUCACCAAGCUCGAAUAACAAAUCCAGUAACAUUAACGGCAGCAUUAUUACGAUGACUUUGAAAAAUAAUCAUCUCAUUGUAGAAACUGAAGAGCGUAAUGAUAUAGAAGAAGAUAGUAGAGAGACUACGUUAAGAUACUCACCAAGUGCCAGGGAUGGCGUUUUUGUGGUCGAAGUGCAACAAGGUGUGAGACGUAGUCCUGGCUCUGAGCCUAAUCGGUCUGGUUCGAUGAGUGAUCAAUGCGCUCUGGUUCAUAGCCCUCCCGAGAAGUAUAAUCAUGAAGUUACUGCAAAAGAACGCGACAGCGAAUAUAACGUACAAAAAACCUCCCCCUUUCACAGACCAGGUAGCAAGGCCAAAACAGGUCUGUCGACGUCAACAACGUCGCUGAGCUCGCUCCGUCAAAGCUACAGCUACUCGAAUCAGCUCAGCUGCGAUCAGGAUCGUUACGGCUACAACCUCUACAUGGGCUACGAUAACGAUUCGGCUGCCGGACGGAUAGUCGAAACCACCAAGCCCAAAAUAACGUCGGCUUUGUACAAAACUAAUUUGAAAAGUUUGAGCUUCGAUGUCGUGGAAAACGCCUCGGAAAAACUAAAUCGGCUACGAUUGGGCAAUAAAACUUCAUUGGAUAACGUGCUGGAGAGUAACGGGGUCGAGGAAUUCAACACCAGUUUGAACAAAUCCAGAUUAUUGGUUGAAAACGACAGUGAACAGUAGAUUGACGAAAAUGUAUAUAAAUAAUAUUUUGAGGUGCUAUUAUUGUAUCUACUUCAGUUUUAAAUUAUUAAUUUGCUAUGAGUUGUAUAUAGGAAUAUGUAGUCAAUUUUGUAAAAAAAAAAAUUAUUCUGUUUGGUUUCAAGCAGUCCCCAGGGUUAAGGGUUUUAUUUUGUUUUAACUGAUUAAAAAAUAGCCGG